UGUAUUGUCUGACGGUUCCUUAAAAAAGUGAGGCAAGUCGGCAGAUAAUUUGGAGUGCUAUUUGUGAGAGUUUCGUUUGUGAUGGAAUAUUUAAGCAAUUGCAAUAAUUGAAAUAAGAUUAACAUAUACAGUAUUCAGAAAUAAAGUACAUAUCCACACGAAAACUUUAAUGAUGCAAUGUUUCGACCUCAAGUGGAUUUAGAGUGCAUGUGCAAGUGACCAUAUUCUGUCUAACGAAUUCAAAAAAAUUCUAGUGGUGGUAUUGGUUUUACUUCGAAUAUAUUGUAUAGUAAAUGCAUAUUUAUUCUAUACUGUGAAUCUGCGUCGGUGGUUUAUAUUUUCCAGAACUUUCUGGCAACGUAUCGUAUUUGCUCACAGAAGUGGUAUUGUCAGACGGUUCCUAAGAGGCUUGCGGCAAGAUGGCCGACCGCUUGGAGUGCAACUCGUGAGAGUUUUGGAUGUCACUUGUGAUGGAGCUUUUUACCAAGUUUUAAAAUACCCCUCGCUAAAAUGUGCGUUAGGUUUUACUCGUGUUAAUUUGGAUUAUACAUAAUUAGUCUCCCAUAAUUAGAAUGUACAGUUUAUCAUCAUCCACCAGGCUCUUGCGAUCGGAAGAAUGUUCGAGCAGCAGUAAUAAUAAGCUUCUUGUUUCCCGAAACCGUCUCCUUCAACCCAUCAGGAAUCAUGACUAUAGCCUGCCAAGUCUGGCAAGCAAAGACGACGAUGAGGUGGAGUUUGACACUUCUGACACGGACAACAACCAUGAAGUGCUGAUGGCGGGCAGACGCUACCCGUCUGUUCAAGAGUUUGCCUCUGCGAUCCCCAACCAUCUUCUCCUGGGUUCUCUGCUGGAGCACCUCUGCUUCGUUUAUGAAAGCAACCCAGCACGCUCUCGAUUGUUGUUUAAAGUAAUCGGCCAGCGUUUAGCUGCGAUGAAUCUUCUCUCGCCAUUGGCCAUAAGCGACGAGUUCAGCACUGUCAGACUCCAACACAACCGGGCCUUCACUGAGCUGCUACAUGCUGCGAGUUCUUCACUGUACCCACAGGAACAGCAAUGUCUUAGCAUCAACACAUACAACCCUGCUGUAAGGCUGAAGGAGGGACUGUUUCAAGCACAGACGUCACGCUACCUGAGCGAGUUUGAAGAAAUCUGUAGAAUCGGAAAAGGUUCUUAUGGAAAUGUUUAUAAGGUGGUGAACAAACUGGAUGGGCAGUGCUACGCCGUCAAGAAGAUACUCAUUAAAAAAGUCUCAAAGGAUGAUUGCAUGAAGGUAUUGAGGGAAGUGAAAGUGUUGUCAAGCUUGCAGCAUGUCAACGUUGUCGGCUACCACACAGCGUGGAUGGAGCAUGUGCAGCCCGCGGCAUAUGCAGAUAUUCCCCUUCCUGAAGUGGCUUCACUUGACCUGCUAGGACAAAACUGUGAUGACGUCCCAGACGGCAGCAGCUCAAGCUUCUCCGUAGUUUUCCAAAGUCUUAGCAAGCCACAGUCGGAUGCCGCUUCGAGCGCGCCGCCGCCUCCAAGCGACGGCCCACCCGUCAAAGACUUAGCGCUGACACAGGAGAAAGGUCAGGGGGUGUGUCUGAACACGAGGCGACGCAUCCCCGAGAACUAUGUACCCUGCGUCUUCCUGGGACAGGGAGCUGCUGUUAAAACUUCCAAGUGUCCCGCCGUUGGUUGGGACACGUCGGGACUCUUGGAGGAGGAGUCCAGCAGGAGCAGCGUGGAGCUCAACAACAACUCUUGUGUUGAAAAGGAGUGUGAGCAGUGGGACGACCAACGCACAAGACCUUCUAAAGAGGUCCACUUCCACCUGAUGCUCUACAUCCAAAUGCAGCUUUGUGAACGCUCGCUCAAGGAUUGGAUGACUGAGAGGAAUUCCAAGCCCAAAGAGAAUCAAGCCUUAAGAUAUCCGUAUGGAUGUGUGGAUGCUCAGCACACAUUUAAUCUGCUGAGAAGGAUACUUGAAGGAGUGGAGUACAUUCACUCCCAGGGAAUCAUGCACAGAGACUUGAAGCCAAGGAACAUUUUCCUCCAUGGCCAUGAAUGUCAUGUUCGCAUUGGUGACUUUGGAUUGGCAUGCAGUGGUUUAAUACUAGAUAGCCACGAAAGUGCCACCUCGCCCAAUGGUGAGUCUCUACACACUACAGGUGUUGGUACUUUUGUUUAUGCUUCUCCAGAGCAACUGAAGAGUACUCACUAUGACUCAAAGUCAGACAUGUACAGCAUUGGGGUGCUUUCUCUUGAGCUUUUCCAGCCCUUUGGAACAGAGAUGGAACGAGUCCGGACUCUCGGGGACCUGAGAGAGGGAAAAAUCCCAGACUCCUUCAGUGACCAGUGGCCAGUCUUGGCCAAGUACAUCUUGGAGCUGACGAGCAAAGAUCCCAGCGUACGCCCCACAGCCAGCCAGCUUCUACGGAGUGAACUCUUCUCCAAUAAAGAUGUGAUGAUCUAUGGUUUGCAGAAAAAGGUCGAAGAACAACAGGAAGAAAUCUUACAUCUGAAGAAACAAAUAUGUCUGCUCCAAAGUGCACAAAACUCAAGAGUUGGAAAAGACCUGACACUUUAAAAGUCCACUGCUUUAAAAGUCCACUGCAUAGUGUGAAUUUAGCAUGUGUGUGUAUGUGUGUGUGCGCGCGCAUGUGUCUUACUUUGGGGCACUUGUAUAUAAAGGUGCACUAUUUAUCAUUCAUUUAUCUUGAAUUUCAUAUGAAGCUAUUGUAAAUAUGUUUAUGAUGUAAAGCGAAGGUUUUUGCCAACAGCUGGGAAAGUAAAUGUAUAGUACACAUUCUGAUUUUGUGCAUAUGGCUUAAUUCCUAUUUUCAAAUGUUAUUAACGGCCU